AAGGUCUUUCAAAUGUGGAUGUUUCGUCACUGGGUAUCCCUACAUAUGAAGAAUACAUGCGCGAAUACUGUGAGAGAAUGAACAUACCAUUGAUUGAGAACUGGAACGUCUACAUGGCGUUCAUAUUGUUCCGUGUAGCCGCGAUAUUGCAAGGAGUUUAUAAACGUUCAUUGAAAGGUUUGUUUUCAUAUGAUUCACUUUUUAGUUCUACUACCUACUUAUUAUAUAGCUAGGUUUCACAAAGCACUAUCGUGCAGCAGAUGGUGAUCAACCUGCAGUUAUCAGAGUGAGAAAAUGAUGUUCAUUCUUUUUAUUAUAUGUAGUCUUGUAUUUGGGGGAAAAUAGAUCAAAUUGUGCUUAUUUUUCUUGCUCCCAUCCGUCUCACCAAUUCUGAAGUUGUGGCAUCUGCUGCACCUAUCAAUAAAUAAUUAUUAGUCUUGGAGUUUCAAAAUAAACAUUUGUGUCUGAACUAGCUAAAAGCAUUAGAGACACUUUUGAGUCAUCGUCAGGAGCCUGUAAAAGGUCCUUUGGUCGAAACGUCAAGGUGUUUUCAAUCUUUUUCAGAUAGUUCAGACUCAAAUCAUAAGAGCUUACUCUGUAAUGACGAUAUAAACCUCGCCAAAUUUAACAAGUUUAGUUUGCUCUUAAAGGUCAAGAAAGCUCCAGUGAUGCUCAGAAGAUGGGAUUACUAGCAGAGACAAUGGCUAAAGCAGGAUGGUCGUUUACUCAGACAAAGCCUGGACAAUCUGGUGCACAAAACAGAAGGAACUACAGUACUAGUACAUCUCACCAUCCAGGUAGGUAUACUUUCUUUUUCAUGUUAAAAUGUAUGAUAUAAAACGAACCAGAUUUUGCACCGCGAACUAGGUGUUUGAAGUGUGUUUCCUCUUUAGGAUUUAUGCCGAUGUCAGCGAAUGCCCUGGCGGAUGAUGUGCAAGAUUUACUGGCGACGUUGCAGGAUUUUAUGAAGGAACAUGUUUACCCAAACGAGAGUGUAUUCGAGGAACAUCAGAAAUCAGAAGAUUGUUGGAAACCUCAUCCACUUAUGGAGCAACUCAAGGUAUUCACCAAGAACACUUUUAUUGACGGUGGUUCGGUGGUUGAUCCUUGGAUCUACUCAGUGGUGAAGCUAGCCAUGGGAUCUGGUCAUGCUAUGUUAUUAUACCUGCGUCUAAAUGGUUAAAGACAAUACAUUUCUAAACAUGUGAAUAAUGCAAAUCAUUAAAAAUAUGCAUUGCAUGACCUGUUGCUACAGUUCGGGGCAGCACUAGAUCUGCCAUAUGUUAACCACGGUUUUUCCGGUUAUUUCUCCGCGGUACUAUAUUAAUUGUAUUAUACUUAUAGGUAACUAGAAUUAGUCUGGAAGGAUAGCGAUUGAUAGUACUUUAAUAUUAAUAAAAUUUUUAUAAUUAAUAAAUUAUAAUAAAUAAUUUUAAUAUUAAUAAUUUUUUUAUUUUUGUUUCCAUAUAGAGUAAAGCAAAAACGGCUGGGUUGUGGAAUUUGUUCAUUCCGGUGGAAUGUGAUCCAAGCAAAGUUUAUGGAGCUGGCUUGACUAACGUUGAAUAUGCUUUCCUUUGUGAAGAGAUGGGCAAGUCAGUUUAUGCUCCAGAGGUAAGUUUAGGUAUCUAAAUCAACCAAACUAAACUAACUUCAUUUAUACUGGAUAGCUCUAUCAAUUCUAAACAGUUCUUCAGAGGUCCAGUAAGGAUCAUAUCUUGUUGAUCCAGUGUUACUACAGGAGGAAACCUAAACUAAACUAACUUUAUAUAUACUGGAUAACUCUCUCAGUUCUAAACUGUUCUCCCUAGAGGUCAAGUAAAGGCCAAGACUUCUUGAUCCAGUGUUACCACAGGAAGAAUGCGGAGAAACCCUGCGAUGUGACUGAACCUGACUGAACCUAUGUUAUAUAUUUCAGAUGUUCAAUUGUUCUGCUCCAGACACGGGAAAUAUGGAAGUUUUGAUAAAAUAUGGAUCGCAGGAACAGAAGGUUCGUAUGAUACUGUAGCUAGUACAAUUUUUUUGAUAAUUUGUGAUUUAUUUAAAAUUUUAAUUUCAGGAAGAAUGGCUUCAACCUCUCUUAGAUGGUCGUAUUCGUUCUUGUUUUGCGAUGACGGAACCAAAUGUAAGAUGAAUGUUAUGAUGAUAAUAUUUCAACAGGGAGGGAUCCCUAACUCACCGAGGCGAUUUUCAUUACGGCUCAGAGCAAAACGUGCAAAACAGACAGAUUGACAGGUUCCGAAAGGAGGAAACGCGAAGACGUCAAUUUCCGCCAUCUUUUGGACUCGGAUUCUUACUGGAGAUAUAUAUGGAGCUCAUGGUUUCUUACAUGUGAUUGAUGCAAAAUUAUAAAGAGACAACUCCCCUGACCCCUUUUCAUAGAGGUGAAAUAUACUUACUACUGUCUUAAUGUUUCAGGUUGCCUCAUCAGACGCUACAAACAUUCAGGCUAAAAUUGAACAGGACGGUGACUUUUAUAUUAUCAACGGCAGAAAAUGGUGGACGUCAGGUAGCCAUACACACUUCAACUGGAUACUGCAAGAUAGCUCGUAGAAAUCCCUGGAGGUCGAUUAAGAGCCAUCCCUAAUUGAUCCAGAAUAAUAGAAUUACACAGUCUUCUCGACUGAGGUGAAAUUAUAUUUAGAGACGUCUGUAUAUUGCAGGAAAGGAACCCCAGUCUCCGAGAUGAAGGCACUAACACCACAGUUCAUUGCAAUACAUUUAUACUGUGCAUUUCAGUUUAAAAUUUGAAUUCUUGUUUACAGGGGCUCUCGACCCACGUUGUGAAAUCGCGGUUUUCAUGGGCAAGACGGAUCCGAGCGCUGCAAAACAUAAACAACAAGUAAGAAGAAAUGAAAAUAUAUCAAUGAAUAUAAAUUAAGUUGAACUCAAAGCUAGAAAUUUAUUUUUUCAGUCUAUGGUAUUAGUGCCUUUCAAGACUCCUGGCGUUGAAAUAAUUCGACAUCUGUCAAUGUUUGGAUAUUUGGAUCCUCCAUGUAAGAUUGUGAUGAAACAAAACUGACUUUAUUUACAUUGUGAUAUGCAGUGUGCUCUAUAUACAUCUGGAGUGAGAAGUCCAAACAGUGAGGCCAUAAUGGAGAUACUGCACGUCUCUUUCUAUUGUUUUUAAAAGUCUGCGUGUUGAACACGAAGCUGCAAGGAGUGUGCCGAAAUAUCGUAUUUUGACCUCGAUUUAAAGAAUAAGACUAUAUAUGGUUUUAUGAACUGAAAACUUGUUUAGGGAUAGGGUCUGUUAGAGAAAAACUGGAAUUAGCUGGUGAAAGUGGUAUUAAGACUUUUUUUUCUGUGUUGGUGUUGUGUACUCAGGUGAAUAAUAUGUUUGUGAUGUUACUCUGAGUAUAUAUCCACACCAGGCGAGCUUGAAAAAUAUGCCUGACCACGGUGGGAUUUGAACCUACGACCUUUGGAAUACUACACUCUAAAAACACUCUGGUUAAAUUUGGGUUAAUUCAACCAGUACGGGGUUAAAAAUCCACCUACACAAGUCUGGUUAAAAAAAAUUAACCAUUUUCCUGGUUAAAAGUCCAAAAAAGUGUACCAAAUUUUUGUUGAAUUGAUAAUUUUUAACCAGGAAAUGGGUUAAAUUUAACCAGAAUGUGUUGGGUGGAUUAUUAACCCAAUUCCUGGUUGAAUUUAACCAGAGUGUUUUUAGAGUGUAGCCCAAUGCUCUGCCAACUGAGCUACGCAGUCAGGACGGUUCCGAAAUAUCACUUACUCGAACCGUCCUGACCGCGUAGCUCAGUUGGCAGAGCAUUGGGCUAGUAUUCCAAAGGUCGUAGGUUCGAUUCCCACCGUGGUCAGGCAUAUUUUUCAAGCUUGCCCGGUGUGGAUAUACACUCAGAGUAACAUCACAAACAUGGUAUUAAGACUGUUUACGACCUUCAGAGCUAUUGGACGUCAAGUCGUCAAUGGCCGCCAUCUUGGUUUCACUUUUCUCAUAGACCGAAUGACUGAAGUUCACGCUCCAGAUAUAUAUAGAGUUCACUGGCUCUAAGCACAUGUGACGUCAGAACCUCACUGAUCUCUCAAUCAUUGCUGUAUUGUUAAGGUGGUCAUGGUGAAGUGGAGUUUAA